AUGCAUUUCGCAAACGUCCCCGCGCUUCUUUCUGUCCUGCUAGCAUCAAAAGCCGCGGCGACGUCCACUGCCAACACGACUAGAACAGUUUACGAGUUUCCCCCAGGCACAUGGGUUGAGAACAUUGCGGUUCGCUCAAAUGGCAACCUGCUGCUGAUGCCUGAGCAGCCCUAUGCGUGCCUCUACUCGCUGGACCCCUCUGCGGCGUCCCCCGAGCCGGUGCUCAUCCAGAACCUCACUGAGACAUACGGCUACUCGUCCUUGUUCGGCAUCGCUGAGUCUCUCGAGACCCCCGACCUGUUUUACUUUAUCGCAGGCAAUUUCACCUACAGCGAGGGCGAGAACGCCAUCUUCACUGUCACCUUCUCUAACACCUCCGACCCCGAGGUGACUCUCUUCUCCAAGAUCGAGGGAGCUGUCUUCCUCAAUGGCCUCAGUGCCCACCCCCUCAACACGUCACUGAUCAUCGCCGGCGAUUCCUCGCUCGGCCAGACCUGGUCCAUCAACACCCAGACCGGCACAUACGCCCCCGGCAUCCAAAACAAGACGCUCAUGUCUAUGGAGACGGGUUCCCUGGCCGGUGGUAUCAACGGCCUGAAGGUCGGCGAUGCUGGCAAGACACUCUACUUCACCAACACAGCGCAGAACAUCAUGGGAAAGAUCGCCAUCGACGCUGCCGGCAACGCCGCCGACAAUGGUGCAGCAGACGCCGUCCUGGCCGUCGCGAAUCUGCCCGGCCAGGGCUGGGACGACCUCGCCGUCUAUCCACCCUACUACGACAGCGCGGCCUUCCUAGCCGCCGAGACCUCCACCUACCUUUACGCCGCUACUAGCGCCGCCUACGCUAUCGAGCGCAUCGACCCCGCCACCAGCACCGGCGUUUACAUUGCCGGCUCUGUGAACAGCACCCAGAUCGAGAGGCCCACCGCAUGCCAGCUGGGCCGUGGAGAGGCCGAUGCCGGCUGGCUCUACGUCACCACUGCCGGCGACACUGGCGAGACAGACGAGUCUCUUGGUGGACAGAUUGUAGCGGUCUACGUUGGCAACUAA